UGAGUUGCAGCACAACCAUGAGUUGGUAAUACAACAAGAAAUACAUCAUCUGAAAUCAGAAAGGAAGAUAACUGAACAAAAAGGACAACUAAUACAAACAAUGGUUGAAUCUGGCAUAAAGCCAAUGCAUGCAUACAACUUUUUGUGUCAUGAGGCUGGAUCAGAAGAAGUAGUGGGCCACACAAAAAGGGACCAUCUAAACUAUAUCACACAGUACAGAACAAGAUUGGUUGAAGGAAAGGAUAUGCAGAGUGUGUUGGACUUACUUCAGCAAAGAGCGGAUGAUGAUCCUGCAUUCUUCUACAGGCUGAAAUUUGGGGAACAUAACAACAUUGUCAGCUACUUUUGGCGAGAUUCAAUGAUGUUGGAGGACUUCAAAGCAUAUGGAGAUGUUAUGAUAUUUGACACAACAUAUAGGACAAACAAAUAUGGACUGAUAUGUGCACCAUUUGUUGGCAUAAAUUGCCAUUGGAAAACAACAAUGUUUGCAUGUGCUUUCAUAACUAAUGAAAAGGAAGAGAGCUUUGAAUGGCUACUAGAAACAUUCAAGAGAGCAAUGUGCCAACAAGAGCCAAAGACAAUUUUCACUGAUCAAGAUAAGGCAAUGGGCAAUGCAAUUGAAAAGGUUUUCCCAAAUACAAGACAUAGGCUUUGCCUUUGGCAUAUAGAGAAGAACUUUGUAAGCCACUUCGGAUCCCUCAAGACCAAUGAAGACUUCAAGAACAUGUUCAAGAACUGUUUGAUGGGGUGUCAAAAUGAAUCAGGCUUUGAAAAUUGUGGGCGAAAAUGAUGGAAUUGUAUGGAC